AUGGUGUCGGGCAGCGGAGUGGUGAAGCAGACCAUUGUGGUCGACGCGCGUCACCACAUGCUGGGGCGCCUCGCGUCCAUCGUCGCUAAGGAGCUCCUUAACGGCCAGCAUGUGGUCGUGGUGCGGUGCGAGGACAUCUGCCUGUCGGGCGGGCUGGUGCGCCAGAAGAUGAAGUACCUCCGCUUCCUGCGGAAGCGCAUGAACACCAAGCCCUCCAAGGGCCCCUUCCACUUCCGCGCGCCCUCCAAGAUCUUCUGGCGCACUCUCCGCGGCAUGAUUCCCCACAAGAUUCCCCGCGGUGCCGCUGCUCUGGACCGCCUGAAGGCGUUCGAGGGCAUUCCCGCGCCCUACGACAAGAUCAAGCGAGUCGUCAUCCCCGACGCGCUUAAGGUGCUGCGGUUGAAGCCUGGGCACAAGUUCUGUCUGUUGGGUCACCUGUCCCAUGAGGUUGGCUGGCACUACUGGGAUGUUGUCAAGGAGCUGGAGGCCAAGCGUAAGGCUGAUGCUGUGGAGUAUUACAAGGAGAAGAAGGCGACUAUCAAGGCGCGCGCAGAUGCUGUUAAGGUCGCGUCGUUCGUCACGUCGCUCGUGACGUCCGCGCUCCUCUUCCUCCUUCUCCUGAGCCUCUUCGCCAUCCUCAUCCGCCGCCCCGCCAACUUCCCCAUCUACUUCCCCAAGCGCAUCCUCCGCGGGCACGGCCCUCCGCCACUCGCGGAGAUCAGCGCGUUGGAGUGGCUCCGGCGCGUGCUGCGCUGCACGGAGCAGGACGUGAUUAACUCCGCGGGGCUGGAUGCGGCGGUGUAUCUGCGCAUCCAGCACAUGUGUCUGCUGAUCGUGCUGUGGCACGCCGCGUACUGCCUCCCCGUGCUCAUUCCGCUCUGCGCCACGGGGGGGUACUAUGCCUCGUUCAACGCGGGGCGGCCUCCCGCGGAGCAGAUUCAGUACUCUGCCCUGGAUGCGAUCGCCAUGGGGAAUGUACCCCCCAACGACUCUCGCCUGUGGGCCUUUUUCGUGGGCGCGUAUUGGUCUGCGCUGGGCACGCUGCUCAUUCUGCACCGCACGUACCGCCACGUCAGCAGGCUGCGCGCCAAGCAGAGGGAGGAGGACCCCGAGGUCCAGGUGGAGGAGUUUGCAGUGCUGCUGCGCAACAUUCCCCCGCACCGCUGUGCAGCCAAGAACACCGCUGCUGCUGCUGCUGCCGGUGCUCCCGUGCCUGGUACUGCUGGUAGUGCUGGUGGUGCUGGUGGUACUGGUGUUGGAGCUGCUGCAGCUAAUAACAGCAAUAGUAGCGGCAGCAGCAGCAGCAGGCCUGCUGUGUCAGCACCACUGCUGCCUCCGCUUGGAGGGGCUGAGCUGGGGGCACGAGGUGCAGGUGCCCCCGCUGGUAGCGGCGUUGAUAGCGACGACGAUGACGAGGAUGGUGGGGGUGGUGAUGAUGUGUGGAGGAACGAAGCGGAGGAGGAUGGGAACAGGGUUCAGCAGCAAAAGACAGUCGAGGCGGGGAAAGAUGGGGGAGAUGAGGAGCUGGGACUGGGGGGAGGAACUGGAGGAGGAAGAGGGGGGAGAGGACGAGGAGCAGGAGGAGGAGGAAGAGGCAGUGGGGGCGACGGUGGGGAGAAGGCUGUAAGGUCCAGGCGGAGGGAGGCAGCAGAUGCAGUGGAUAUGUUGUUUGGGUGGCUGUAUGGGGAAGCCUACUGUGGCGUCAACAUACUGCGAUCCCUGGACAAACCGCGCACAGCCCUGCAGCAGCUGACAGCAGCACGCAGGCAGCUGCUGCGCGCCAAGGCCACGUGGGUGCAAGCACAGAGAGACGCGGGCAGGGCGGAGGAACCUGCUGCAGGGGGGGUGAUGAUCACCCAUGGAGGAGGGAUCGCGGACAGACGACGAGAGGCAAGAGGGGAGUCAAUGGGUGGAGGGGGAGCAGCGGGAGGGGUGGUGGAGGAGGAGUGGGAGGCAGGAGAGUCGAGUGUUGGAGAGGCGAGGGAAGGAGAAUCGAGUGGUGCGGAGCCGGAGGUGCUGGUGGGGACGCGGGGGGCGGUGGGACGUGCGGAGCGCUUAGGGUGGUGGCCUAAGGGGUGGGUGCGGCGGAGAGGCAGUGGUGGUGAUGGGGAUGGGGAUGGGGAGGGGCGGGAGGGGCAUGCGGUUAUGGGCGGAAGGGGGAGCAUGGGGAGUGCUGCUGCUGCUGCUGCUGCUGCUGCUGCUGCUGGUUGUUGUUGGAAGAGAGGGAAGGGGAGGGGAGGGGAGUUGGUGAGGCCGCAGCACAGGACUGGAUGGAUGGGGCUGUGGGGGAAGAAAGUGGAUUCGAUCAGGUUCUAUGAGGAAGUGGUGCGGUGCAAGGAGCGGGAGCUGAGGCGCGCACAGAGAGAGGCUUGGGCUGGGAGCACUACCCGCUGUGUAUCUGCUGCUGCUGCUGGUGCUGCUGCUGGUGCUGGUGCUGCUGCUGCUGGUGGUGCUGGUGCUGGUGCUGCUGGUGGUGCUGUUGGUGGUGGUGCUGGCGCUGGAGAAAGGGCAGGGCCAAUGUGGCAGAUGCGACUGAGGAGAGGGAGUGAGGAGGACGAAGAGCAGGAGGAGAGGCAGGAGAGGCAGCUUGUGUGCGCUUUGGAAGGGGAGGUGGCACCGCCGGGGGCAUGUGGGGGAGGUGCGGGAGGUGCGUGGGGAACUGGAGUAAGUGGAUCCGCAGCAAGGGGUAGCACUGACAGUCAUGGAGGGGCGGGGCUCAUGGCAGGAACAGGCGGAGCAAGAGGCUUGGAAGGCAUUCAGGAAGUGGAAGGGGAGGAGCAGGAGAGCGAGGAGACGGACGUGGGAAAGGAGGAGGGAGGGGAGGAAGGAGAGGAGGGAGGGAAGGGUGGGGAUGAAGGGGAGGGAGAGGGGGACAAUCGUCGCAGCAAGGGAUCUCUAACCGGCCGUGUGGGGCGGAUGGCGAAACGGCCAGCAGCAAGAGCAGUGACAGCAGCAGCCGAGAAGCCAGUGGUGGGGGGUGUGGCGCGUGGUGUGCAGCGGAUGGUGAUGACGUCUGCAGGUGUUGUGGUGUUUGGAGAUCGUGUGAUGGCAGCAGUGGCCGCGCAGACUCUGCACGCUGACAACGCCAUGCUGUGGCAGACAGAGCCGGUGCGUGCGUGUGUGCGUGGUGGGGGUGGGGGGGCGGGGAGGGGGGGAUGUGUGAGGCGCCUCAAUAAAUCGUGCAGUGGCGUGGCCGCGCAGACUCUGCACGCUGACAACGCCAUGCUGUGGCAGACAGAGCCGGCCCCGGAGCCCAACGAUGUGUUGUGGGACAGCAUCGGCAUCUCGCGAGUGUCAUGCGCCAUCAGGACUGCCUUUUCAGGCGCCUCAAAACCCAUCCCAUCCCAUCCCACCGCGUGCUUACAGGCCCCGGAGCCCAACGAUGCCCCGGAGCCCAACGAUGUGUUGUGGGACAGCAUCAGCAUCUCGCGAGUGUCAUGCGCCAUCAGGACCGCUGCCGUCUACGUGCUCGUCUUCAUCACCAUCUGCUUCUACAUGAUCCCCAUCAGCUUCGUAUCGAGCCUCACGACUCUACAGAACCUGGAGAAGUCAUUGCCGUUCCUCAAGCCCAUCGUGGAACAGCCUGUCCUGCGCACGUUCAUAGAGGCAUUUCUUCCGCAGCUCGCGCUGAUCCUCUUCCUCGCGAUCCUCCCCAGACUCCUCCUCCUCCUCUCGCUCUUCGAAGGCCUCCCCUCGCGCUCCCACGCCAUCCGGGCAGCCUCGGGAAAAUAUUUCUACUUCACGGUUCUGAAUGUCUUCAUCGGAACCACUCUCACAUCUGGCGUUUUCCAGGCGAUCAAGCAGAUCGUGGAUCAUCCGACGGCUGUGGUUGACUUGCUCGGAUCGUCCCUCCCGCAAGCCGCGACGUUCUUUAUCUCCUACAUCUCGCUUAAGUUUCUCGUAGGAGCCGGGCUCGAGCUCACGCGGCUCGUCCCGCUCGUGCUUUUCCACGCGCGCCGCGCGCUGCUGUGCCGCACGCAGCCGGAUCUGCGCGACGCGUGGAAGCCCGGAGAACCCGACUACGUAAGCUUGCUCCCCGGAGAUCUCCUAGUCGCGACUCUCGCGCUCUGCUACGCGGUGAUUUCGCCGCUUAUUCUCCCGUUUGCCGCGGCAUACUUUCUCACGCAGUGGCUCGUUAUGAAGAACCAGCUCGUGCAGGUAUACGUUAACGAGUUCGAGAGCCGCGGGAGGAUUUUCCCGCACGCUUUGGCGCGCGUUCUCGCGGCGCUCGUGCUGUCGCAGCUCACGCUGAUAGGCUACUUUGGAGUGAAGCAGUUUCCCGCGACGCCCGCGCUCAUCCCGCUGCUGUUCAUCUCCGUGAUUCACGGCGUCUACAUGCACCGCCGCUUCCACGCGUCCUUCGCGCGGCCGUCGCUGCAGCAGGCGAGUCGCGCCGGCGCACCGCCGGUGCCGCCUCCCCCGGAAGAGGACAAGAUAAGGGAGGCGUAUCUGCCGGAGGAGAUGCGGCGCGUGCAGAAGCAGAGGGAGUGGGAGGAGGAGGUGUGCCGGGUGCUGCCUGGGGAGAUUGCCACGUGGCAAGGAGGGAUUCGGCAAGGACGACGAAGAUCUUAG